UACGACGAACAAUUCUGUCUGCGGUACGUACAAGAUGGAGUUUGCCUCUAUUAAUCUGAAUAAUUCGAUUUAUAAAAAAAAAAUGAACACUAGAUCAAAUAUAAAAACAUCAAAUAAAUUUUUGGUUACUGUUGUACAAAUGGAUAAUUUCCAUAAUUUUCCAUAUUAUGAUUGGAGUAAAAAGAAUCUCAAAUAUGUCAAAACGUUUCACGUACGAGUGCUGCUUUUUUUUUCAUAUAGUAGAAGAAGAAGACUAAUUUGCUGCAAAAAAUACUAGCAAUCAAACCUCACAUACAUACCGGAAUGAUCAACAUUCAUUGAGCAAGUUGUAUGCUCACGACUUAUCGUGGUUGCAAAUACACCAAACUGGAGAUGAACAAUUGGUCUGCAAAGACUGCAAUAGUUUUUAAGUGUCUUUUAUCCGGUUUUGAACUCUUAUCUUUUAUUGUCAUCGCUUCGUUAUGUUGUGUCGUCUACUCAUUCUUUUACUUACUGUACUCUAAUUUACUCUGUUAUUUUUAACUGGUUUGUUUUGUUAAAAAAUGAUAUUUUUUAUUGGUAUUAAGUCUAGUACGUACAAAGCAACCACAUAUGUGAACUAUUAAAGCUAGCUAAUACUUUUAUAUGUGAAUUAGGUUUACGGAUUUGUUCUGAAAUUAGUGCAUUAACAUAUCAGAUAGAAUAAUUAGUGUUAUGUAAUGUCCUUAACUAUAUUUAAAUGAGUGACGUGACGCAAAAUGUGUGACGCAAAAAUGCUUGUGACAUUUUGGAAUAUAGUCAGUAAGUUACAAUGAUAAGUCGAAUAAAUCACAUACUAAUGGCUAUAUAGCAAGAAUCAAGUGGAUGAUGUAUAAUUUGGAAUAUGAUUAUUUGUGUUUUAUACUUGUCGGUUUGAGAAUAGGAAUACUAAAAAUUUAGAAAAAAAAGGAAAGAGAUGAAUAUGAAUUCAAGACGAUAAGUGAUGUACGUACGUUGAAUUAGUUUUAGAUUCUCGAAGAUGACUAUACACGAAAAGACCCUGGUCAUGAUUUCAUUGGAGGGAAUAAAGCUAAUUAUUGCAAUUCCUAAAACAUUAUAUAAAGAAUAGCAAGUAAGGGUUCAUAAGUUAAGAAGCAAACACUGAGACCUGAGAUCCAAAAUAUAUGUCUUUAAGUCGUAGAGAUCCUCUUGUGGUGGGAAGUGUUGUUGGAGAUGUUCUUGAUCCUUUCACGAGAUUGGUCUCUCUUCGGGUCACUUAUGGCCAAAGAGAGGUCACUAAUGGCUUGGAUCUAAGGCCCUCUCAAGUUCUGAACAAACCAACAGUGGAUAUUGGAGGAGACGACUUCAGAAAUUUCUACACCUUGGUUAUGGUGGAUCCAGAUGUGCCGAGUCCAAGCAACCCUCACCUCCGAGAAUAUCUCCAUUGGUUGGUGACUGAUAUACCUGCCACAACUGGAACGUCCUUUGGCAAUGAGGUGGUGUGCUACGAGAGUCCACGUCCACCCUCGGGAAUUCACCGUAUUGUGUUGGUACUGUUUCGGCAACUCGGAAGACAAACGGUUUAUGCGCCCGGGUGGCGCCAACAGUUCAACACUCGUGAGUUUGCUGAGAUCUACAAUCUUGGUCUCCCUGUGGCUGCAUCUUUCUUCAAUUGCCAGAGGGAGAAUGGCUGUGGAGGAAGAAGAACGUAGAUGCCUACGUACUUUAACUAAUAAUCCAUUCAUAUAUUGCAAUGUUCCCUAAUGAGAUAUUUAAGCAUCACACGUCUAUGUAAUAAGAAAAAUAAAGUGAUGCAUACGCUGACAUCGAUGUGUGUCUUUAUCUAAUUAGAGAGGGAAGAAGAAAUGUGUGUCUUUAUCUAAAAAAAGUAAGAAAUGUGUGUACGAGAUUAGGUUACGUACGUGGUUUUUAAGAAUAAAGGAUCAAAUAUAAAUUAUGUUGUCAAAAUAGGAAAUGUCAAUAAUACACAAAAAAAAAAAAAAAUGCCCGCAAGGUGGUGGGCGAGUGGUAGGGCGAGUCCGGCGUUGAGGGUGAAAUCCCCGAACCCGGGUUCGAUCUUCCUCCCUCGCUGUUAUCAACACUUUGUUGGGAAGUCUGGGCUUGGGCUUCAGCCCACGCAGUUUACCUGGUAGUCUGGCAACAGGCGAUCCAGCUACCCAGGGCAUUAGUCGGAAAGCAUUCCAAACUCGGAUCAGGCAGUGUGGUAGCUCAUCCCUCGGGGUGGUAAUGAGUCUACUCUGUAGCACUCCGGUGCAUUCCUACCGAGGCUGACCGGAUCAGCCGAUCGGGUAUAUCAAAAAAAAAAAAAAAUGAAUUAUUAUGAAAGUGAUAUUUCAGAUAAAAAAAAGCUUCUUUGUCUUAAAUAUUUUGAUUUUUGAGAAAUUAGAUAGCUAAAAAAUUAAACAAAUUACUUUCUACAUAAACAAACAUGAAAAUUAAUCGAGAUCCCUAUGAAUGUAUUUAUUUAAAAUGGAAAUGUCAAUAAUACACAUAAAAAUCAUUCUAUAUCGAAUUCUCGAUACAUGUAUUUGGAGAUCUUAAUUAGAAAAUUGUUCGACCAGAAAAACAAAUUAAGGUAAAAUUAUGAAAUGAAUAUAUUAAAAUGAGGUUGGUUAUAGAAGUAGGAUAAGAAUAAGAAUGAAACAUUUAGGAGACUUGAUUUUCUAGUAAUGUAGUUUAAUUUCAUGGAAAAAAAUAACGAGUCGGGUAUUCAGCAAAUCGACUAAUUUUUAUAAAGUAUUAAAAAAAAUCGACUAAUUGUCAUCCGGUUAUUAAUUUUACGGAUUUCUCUUUUUUCUUGCAGAUUAAAUAUACACUAUUUGUUUAAAUACUUGCAAGGGUAGGGUCGGAUUAGAUAGCGGAUAUGCCAAAAUUUGAGAGUAUCCGUCCUAAGUGUAACGGCUAAGUUCCAUAGUGCCGUUGCCUUGACGACUAAAAACAUUUGUACUCAAGAAAAGAAAAGAAUGAGAGGAGAAAAUAAUGGACACACAUUUUUCCCACUCCAUUAAUCACCUUAACUUUCUCUUACAAUGUAAUUAAAGUUUUGGUUACCAUAAGCACAAGGAUUGGAGAUUUCUUCGUGCACUCAAUUUCAGAGAAGACAAUAACCAUAUGAACAUUUUCAAGAAAAAGACAAAGUCCCAAAAGGUAGUACAAGAUUGAUUUGUCCCCUUGAUUUUUUGGAUUUUCACAUCAUGAUAGUAAACUGAUUUUGUCGCCUAUAGACUUUAGAUAUUUGUGUCUAGGGUUCUGCAAAAAAAAAAUCUCACCUUUAAUUUGACUUUACUUGUGCCUGAACCUGAGGGUGUGGAGUGAGAAAUUUGCUGGAUUAAUGCUGCAAAUUUGUCACCUUUAAAAUCACAUUUACUUAAAUCUAACAGUGUAAUGUGAAGAAUCUCAUAAUAGUUGGUUAAGUGAAUGUUUGUUCUUGCUUAAUUAGUAACUUUACACUGAUUCAUAUUUGUUUCAGUGCUUCAUUUUUGGUGAGUGUUCUCUCUCAAGUAAUUGAAUUUGUGUGUUUCUCUGUACUUGCUUCAGUUCUGUUUUUUUUAUUCAACUGAGAACUAUUUCUUAUGCAGAUGCUCUCCGCACCAGCAAGAAAGAAAUGUCUGUGGUAUAUGGGAACAACUUCAAUAAGCAGUCCAGAGGAUUCAGUCGCUAACUUGUAAUACUACUUAGCUUGUUGGUUCAUUUCUGGAUAUUUAAAAACGCCACAACACAAGACUCUUCUCUUCUACAUUAACAAGUUUGUUGUGUUUU